CAAAAGCAUCACUAUCUUUGCUUCUUCGGCAACCGUGUCUGAGACAGUGAGAGAGACUCCGAGGAAGAAGACUGAGGGGAAAGAAGAAAAUAGAAAGAGCGAAGUAAGACAUGGAGAGCAGCGAGGAAGACGACGAGUACCCAUAUAUCGAAAGCAUCAUUCCUCAGUCAAAGAUCGAUUCCGUUCACCAGUCUCUCACCGAAAAGGGAAUUAGAAAACUGUGCUGUGAGCUUUUGGAUUUAAAGGAUGCUGUGGAAAAUAUGUGCGGUGAUAUGCGUACCAAGUACCUUGCUUUCUUACGGAUAUCUGAAGAAGCGGUGGAGAUGGAGCACGAGUUGGUUGAGCUACGGAAACAUAUAUCUUCGCAGGGGAUUCUUGUGCAGGAUCUGAUGGCUGGAGUUUGCCGUGAGAUGGAUGAUUGGAAUCGAUCAGCUGGUGAUGCAGAUGACGCUCAAGUCAAAGAUGAUCCUUUGCCUGAUGAAGUAACUGAUCCAAAGUCUGAGUUUUUGGAGAAAAUUGAUCUUCUUUUGGCUGAACAUAAAGUGGAUGAGGCACUGGAGGCGAUGGAUGCUGAGGAAAGAAACUGCACAGAUCUUAAAGGGUCAGUCGAGAUGUCCUCUUACAAGUCUGCUUUUUUGGAAAGAAAGGCGGUUCUUGAGGAUCAGCUUCUUAAAAUUGCUAAACAACCUUCGGUUAGUGUAGCUGAACUGAAGCAUGCAUUGACUGGGUUGAUCAGACUAGGAAAAGGACCGUCAGCUCACCAGUUGCUUCUUAAGUUUUAUGCCACAAGACUCCGCAGAAGAAUCGAGGCCUUUCUUCCUUCGUGUUCAAGCUGUCCACACACUUUCCCUGCUACUCUGUCUAAGCUUGUUUUCUCUAACAUCUCAGUGGCUGCGAAAGAAUCCACUGCCAUGUUUGGUGAUGAUGAUAAUCCCGCAUAUUCCAACAAAGUUGUCCAAUGGGCAGAGAGGGAAGUUGAGUAUUUGGUACGGUUGGUUAAAGAAAAUGCUUCGCCUUCCGAAACAGCUUCUGCAUUGCGUGCAGCCAGUGUAUGCCUUCAAGACUGUCUUAACUAUUGCAAAGUGUUGGAACCACAAGGCUUGUUUUUGUCUAAGCUGUUUUUAGUGCUGUUCCGGCCUUAUGUUGAAGAAGUCUUGGAGUUGAAUUUUAGACGGGCUCAAAGGGUUAUCUUUGACAUGACUGAAACUGAUGAGGGCUUGGAAUCAUCCUCUGACUUUGUGGCAGUAUUAUCUGAAUUCGCUAUCGCUUCAGAUACUACGAUGACUGAUUGUAGCAUUCGGUUCAUGCAAAUUGUGCAAGACAUACUUGAUCAGUUAACACACCUAGUUGUGUUACACUUUGGUGAAAGUGUACUAACAAGGAUACUGCAACUAUAUGAUAAAUACAUCGACUUUCUGAUCAAAGCCUUGCCUGGACAUUCAGAUGAGGAUGGUCUCCCUGCGCUCCAAGAUAAUAACGUACUCGCUAGAGCUGAGACAGAUUCUGAGCAGCUUGCUCUUCUUGGAGCGGCGUUUACAAUACUUGAUGAACUGUUACCAAAAUCACUUGUUAAAGUCUGGGAACUCCAGAUUGAAAAUGGUGGAGGAGAAGGUGAGAGUAGUGCUGCUCUAAACAGUAGCGCUGCACCAGAACUCAAAGAAUGGAAACGCCACAUGGUUCAAGCAUUUGACAAACUCAGAAACUACUUCUGUCUGCAGUUUGUCUUGAGCUUCAUCUACUCAAGGGAAGGACUAACACGAUUAGACGCGCUCAUUUAUUUAACCGAAAUACCAGAUGACUCGAAUCUGCCCUCUUUACCGUUUCAGGCAUUGCUUUCUAAGCUACAACAGUUGGCCGUAAUAGCGGGGGAUGUUCUGCUCGGUAAAGAAAAGCUGCAAAAGAUUCUACUAGCGAGAUUAACGGAGACGGUUGUAAUCUGGCUAUCAAACGAGCAGGAGUUUUGGAGUGCAUUCGAGGACGAGUCAAAUCCACUUCAGCCAUCUGGGUUGCGACAGUUGAUCCUGGACAUGAACUUCACAGUUGAGAUCGCGCGGUUUGCGGGGUAUCCAUUUAAAGUAGUUCAGAACCAUGCAUCAGUGGUGAUCAAUCGAGCCAUCAACAUAUUCUCCGAAAGAGGCAUCAACCCACAAAGUUCACUCCCGAAAACAGAGUGGUUCACGGAGGCCGCCAAGUCAGCAAUCAACAGGCUACUGACGGGGUCUGAGGAUGCUUCAGAACCGGAAGAAUAUGAGUGUGAAGAAGACGAUAAUCACAUUGUCCUCCCUGAGAUAGAUGAAGAAGAAGACUCAGAUUCCGUAGAAACAUCUUCACUUUCCACAAUGGACUCGUUCGAGUCAUUCGCCUCUGCGAGCAUGGCUGACCUAGAGAGUCCUUCCUUCACCGAUUCUGAGUCUUGACCACUUUUUAUAUUUUGUUGUAGUAGUAUCAUCAAGUAAUAUAUAAUCAGAUAAUUAUCCGGUUUAGAUUGGUUUAGUGGAAGGCUGUCUAAAAAUAUUAGCCCAUCAUUGGCAAGCCAAAGAACUGGCAAACGCACCGAACGCAUCCCAAUGGGUCAAAAUGCCAAUUUUGACGUGAGUUGUUUGUCAAGCCUAAAAAAAUGUUUGAAAUUUUUAUUA